CCUGUUUGCGUCAGAGCCCCAGCAGUGCGGAAGCGUUUACUCACACCUGAGUGUUAUUCCUUACCGGCAAAAACAAAAACAUGUCCUUCACUGCCUUCAUCUUCUUUUAUCUUCUAUUCCUGGAAGUUCAACCCUAACACAGAAACAGCAUUGCAGGAGCUCAUGCAGUCAGAGGAAGCAAGUGUUUGGCUUCAUGUACUCACAUGAAGCACAAUGGCAACUUCCUGUUUUGUUUCUAUUUGAAACAACUUCCCACAACAUCUCACACAUAUAUAGUCACUGAAAAUAUAAAGAAGUGGGUUUUAAAAAAAAGACAGCCAUUGCAAUGAGGAGCUUUGAUUGAAAACAGGAGGCACCUACUAAUCACGAAGGAAUUGUUGAUGGUCGUGCUGAAAGAUUAAAAGGACUAUGAGGAAGGACAUAUGAUAACGUCAGCUGCUACUACAAGACCCCAGUGGAUACUUUAACCUCUUUUAAUCUGUGCAUUACAUCUUUACUGCACAGAUUAGAUGAGAGAGGUGAAUCUGUGAAGUGUGUGUGUGCAGUAAUGGAGGACUUGACUGAAAAUGACUUUGAGAGAUGUGAACAGUUUGCGGACUGGUCCACCUUUAGCUCGGAACACUGGGAUGUGAAUCACAGGGACAGCGCUGGCUUUGGGGAUUGGGGUAGUUUUAAUGAAGGUCUCAGUGAAGAGAGUGCUUCUGCAGACUUAUCAUCUCAGGAGGAACAAAUUUCUGGCCAUGAACACAAGGUAGAGCAAGGUGAUGAUCCCUGGACUGUGAUCUGUGAUUGCUUUCACAUUGAGGAGAUUGUGAGAGACACAGACAUGAUGGAUGUCCUGCCACUGUCACAGCUACUGCACAACUCCACACAUACACCUUAUCCAUCAGCAGUACUAUCAAGAAAGGGUUCCAGCUUUUACCAUGAGCUGUUGCAUGAGCCAAAGUCUCCUAGAAUCAUUGGUCCUAAACUCAACUUGCAUUCCCACCAGCAGCUCACUGACACACUACAGCUCAAACAAUCUAUCAUUUUACAGAACACUGAUUUACCUCAUAUUGGGAUCGAGAAGCCUAAAAUUGUCCCUGCUGCACUCAUUCAAACUAAGGUUUCUACCUGCUUUACGUCUGGAGAUGACACAGGCCAUGGCUCCAGAAGCUGAGUAUCAUUGUCAAUGUUUUUCACUAGUGUUUCAGAAAAUUAGCACAACUCUGUAACCAGAUACCGCUGAGGGCAGAACAGAUGGGAUAUGUUGUCUUAAUACGCUUGACCACCACUGUACUUUGCAAUACAUCGCAUUUCCGUAUGGGGUUUGUGGUUUUACUGUUGUAUUUUCUGAUUUGCUUUUGCUUUUAUUUUCUGGUUUUGAUUUCCUCAUUUAGGCCACUGUAGGUCUGCCUGAAAGUCAACAUAUAAAAUCUAUUUGCAACUUGUUUACUAAACACUUGUCCUGUUUUAUCGUGUAGCUUACAGCAGCCACGUGGUGUCAAAAUUCACCUGGAUUCUUCUACCAGAUCUCUCGCCAGUGGCUCAGCCAGAACAGUCCAAGACUACAGAAUCAACAGGACAAGAAGGACUUACUAUAAUGAAACAUACAUAUUACUACAGUCAAACACUGUACACAAAAUCUUUGUGAUGAUAUCCAGAUAAGAAUAUAAACAUUUUACAGAAAAGGAUUUUUUCCAUGUACUGUAUAGUGGGAAGUAGGUGUUACAAAUUUAAAUUCACUCUGUGUAUGCAUCCAUUAUACUUGGUCCCAAGGCAUCCUAAUAAACACCCACAUUAUGUCCAGAAUAGGUGGGAAAAGGCAGUGAACAAAGUGUUUACAAUGUAGGUUUCUACAAAUCUGCCAUGAAGAUCUGAUGCUUUACGUUUAUGGCUUAUAGGCAUGGUCUAUUUUCAAGAAAGAAAAAUGUUUUUGUUUUUUUGAAAUUCAGUUUUAUUUGAACAAUUUUGUGAUUUUAGAAAAAACUUUUUUUUCUGUUUUUUCUGGUGUUUUUUUUUUUUUUUUUUUUUAAGUUUUUCCAAAAUCACAAAAUUGUUUAAAGAAACUGAAUUUAUAAUGCACAUAGCCAUUUUCCCCAACAUUGUUUAGUUCCAUGUUUGCUCUAUGGACAGUUUCAUUGGAUGUGAAGCAGCAAACAGACAGGUAAUAACACUUUUUGUUUUAGACUCCAGCCCAGAAUGAGUCAAUUUAUUUGUUUUCCAUUUUCUCCAUUUGUGCUGACAGUGUGGCUGUGCUCUGUAUAUCUAUUUCUAUUGAUCAUACAAUCCAUAGCCAAGAGAAAAACUCUAUAAAAUAAUAUUUUAUUGUAUCAAAGUCAGGACCCUUUAAUGUCCAAGUUAUAUGUGAAACUGAUGAAGUGUGGUCUUGUAUUUAUUAUUAUUAUUUCCAUCAAGGACAAAGUAAUUUACUGAAGGGGUAUUCUAGUUUUCCAGUACAUCAGCUGAUUUAUUUUUAUUGGCCAGAAGGAGUGGUUAAUGAUUUAAGAGUUAAGUAUUUCUUAUGGACACACAUCUGUUUAGUCCCAAUCCUGUGAGUUCAUGUCACAGUGUGCAUGUGAAAAUGCUUUUACCUUUAUCAUAAAACAUAGCAGUGAUUUAUGCUUUAGAUUUUUUUUUAAUGCUGCGACUUCACCAAAUAUUUAAGUUAUCUCAGAACAAUAUAAUUCAUAAUUUUUGGACAACAUUUAUUCCAUGAAAUUGACAGGUCAGUACUAUCUGUGUGACAGAAUAAAAAACAUCUGGGUAAAUCAAUUCUGACCAACAGAUAUAACUUAAUAAUUCCAAGGAGACAAUAAUUGUUUUUUUGUUUGUUUGUUUUUAAAUUUUUUUUUUUUUUAGUGGCGGUGAGAUGCAGGGUUAAAAAGAAAUGACUGUAACCUGUCAACCCUGGCUAUCGAUAUAUUUACUUAAACAAAGUGAGAAAACAUUUGUCUUUAAAAUAGUUUGCCGGAUGUGUUUUGCUGUUGACUCUCAGCUGCCUUUUAUAGCCUUACUAAAAAAAAGAGUCACUAGAAAGUAGCCUACAGCAUGAAGGAUAGCCUUUUAAAAUAAUUUAGUUUAAAGCUAUGUUUUUAUUAAUGUCUUCUUGCUCCAACAUGGUUUUUGUGAAGUCACUGCUUAUUACAUCCCUCAAAGGAUGUCAGUGGUUUUGUGCACCACACCCAGUAUAAAGUGUUAGAGAAAUAAACUGAUCGAAAUAGUUUGUUUUAAUAUUAAAGUAUUUAUUUCAUAUAACUAUAAUAUAAGCAAUGUUUUUUCACAUUGUGUACAUUUUAAAAUACUGUAAUAUUUAUUAAACACUAAACACAUUAACCAUACUGAAUGUAUACUUUGUAUGUAAAUGUUUUUUUUACCAGAAUGAUGCAUUAGAGUCUUGAUUGAUGCUCAGUAAAUUUCCUUCAUGUAUAUUUACUUCAAUAUUCCUUUAACUGAGUAAAAUUUAUAUUUUUAAUAUAUAAUGCCAGACCUUAACAUAUUUACUGUAAGUUAAGGUUGAUAGGCUGUAGGUUUUUUGGUAUAUACAAAAGCAUUAAACAUUUACUGUACAAGAAUACAUUUUCAUUCAGGUAAAAUACAGUUACAGUGGGGAAAAGCCACCAGUCAGCCACCAAUUGUGCAAGUUCUCCCAUUUAAAAAGAUGAGAGAGGCCUGUAAUUUUCAUCUUAGGUAUACCUUAACUACGAGAGACAAAAUGAGAAAAUAAAAUCCAGAAAAUCACAUUGUAGGAUUUUUAAAAAAUUUAUUUGCAAAUUAUGGUGGAAAAUAAGGAUUUGGUCACCUACUGGACAAACAAGCAAGAUUUCUGGCUCUCACAGACCUGUAACUUCUUCUUUAAGAGACUCAUCUGUCCUUCACUCGUUACCUGUAUUAAUGGCAUCUGUUAUCGGUAUAAAAGUCAUCCGUCCACAACCUCAAACAAUCACACUCCAAACUUCACUAUGGCCAAGACCAAAGAGCUGUCAAAGGACACCAGAAACAAAAUUGUCCCAACCCCAUUAAAAAUCUUUGGAGGGAGUUGAAAGUCUGUGUUGCCCAGCGACAGCCCCAAAACAUCAACAAGGAUGGGCCAGAAUUUUCUGGA